UUCCCUCUCAAUUCAAUGAUGGCGUCUGCUAAUCUGAGAGACGAGCUGAGCUGCUCCAUCUGCCUGAACAUCUACAUAGAUCCCGUCACCCUGAGCUGUGGACACAACUUCUGCCGGGGGUGCAUCGACUGUGUGCUGAACACUCAGCAGGCUACAUCUAGAACAUACACUUGUCCCGACUGCAGAGCAGAGUUUUUGGACCGUCCAGUACUUCAGAGGAACAUAACUCUACAUAACGUAGCAGAGUGCAUCCGGUCUACCCAGCCAGAGAAGGAAGAGACUGGAAUCUCCUGCACCUACUGCAUUCAUACUGCGACUCUUGCUGUCAAAUCCUGCCUGUUGUGUGAAGCUUGUCUCUGUGAAGAUCACCUGAGGGUUCACAGCAAUUCAGCAGAACAUGUCUUAUCAGAACCCACCACUAACCCGGGGAGCAGAAAAUGCUCUGUCCACAAGAAGAUCCUGGAAUAUUUCUGCAUGAGUGACGCUAAGUGUAUCUGUACAACCUGUAUAGUGGAUGGCGACCAUAAGGGACACCAGGUAAUAUCCAUGCCUGAAGCUUCUGAGAGGAAGAAAGAAGAACUCAGAAACGUUCUGGAACAAUUGUUCGUGAAGAGAGAAAAGAUUGAGAAGACAGUCCAGAGUCUUCCGGAGAACACAAGAGAAGUUCAAGGAAAAGCACUCAGUAUAACCGAAAGGUCCACUGUCCUAUUCAAAGACCUGAGAAGACAACUGGACGACCUAGAAAUCAACAUCUUGAGUCAGAUUUCCAGGCAGGCGAUGCAAGCUUCACUCUCAGUCAGUGAUCUGAUCCAAGAUUUAGAGAAGCAGAAGGACGAACUGUCCACCAAGAUUGGUCACAUCGAGGAAAUUCGUAGAAUGGCCGACCCCUUCAUUGUCCUACAAGAUGAUGUAUUCGAUUUUCACGACCUUCAGAUACCAGAUGAAGGCACGGUAGGAAAACUAGACUUGGACCUGAUAAUGAAUACGGUGGACUUGGGCUUGUCUAAGAUUGUAGCGUAUGAAGACAGAGGGAUCUUCUUGAAGGAAGCGUCAAGUCUACGUCUGGACGUAAACACUGCCAGCAACUACGUCAAGGUGUCUGAUGACCUUAAAUCUGCCUCUAUAUCCACUACAAGCCAGAAGUUCCCUAAGACACCAGAGAGAUUUGGGGAGUAUCAGGUUUUAAGCUCUGGCGGUUUUUCCUCAGGAAAACAUUACUGGGACGUUGAGAUCAGUAAGACUGGACUAUGGACGGUGGGAAUGGCCUACCCAAGUAUAGAGAGGAGUGGAGACCAGUCUUGUAUUGGAUACAAUUGCAAAUCUUGGGGUCUGAGAUAUUCUGAAGAUCAGUGUUCAGCGAGACACAACAAGCGGGUGUUCAGUGUGCCCUACUCUAAGUCUUCCCACAUGUUCCGAGUCUGUCUGGACUACGAAGCAGGGCAGCUGUCCUUCUAUGAGCUGAGUGACCCCAUCAGACACCUCUACACCUUCACCACCACCUUCACUGAGCCCCUCCAUGCUGCUUUUAGGGUUUGGGGAGAUUCUUGGGUGAGACUAAUAAACUAAAUUGACCUUUUAAUGAUGCGUGGUGAAGACGGGAACCCUGUUCUCUGACAAUCGGCCAUAUCUACAUGUUUGGAAAGGUCCAUAAAUGACCGAUCCAGAACCCUAAAUAAAGCUUCAUCACUAAUGUUUCACCAUUUUCAAGAUCUCUGCUGUCAGUGAAUGUGAACACUCAGAGGCAGUCCUGCAGGGAAGAAACUAUUAGCAGCUGAUUUAUACACCAGUCUUAUAGGGGUUAUCCCACCAGACAUCAGACAGCACAUGACAACCUCUCCCUCACAAAACUACAACC